CAAACAGCUUUCCACAGUACGUGAACUAUCAAUCAUGAGUGCCAAAAGCAGUCCAGCAAUAAUGCACUUCAUCCCAGAUCCAGCUGGUGAAGCAACAUUUUCUCUAUCAUCUGAUUUGUUAAGCCAACAGCCCGCUACGUACAAAUGCUUAAUAUUGCGAACAAAUGGAGACCUUUGGUUACUUGAUCUAGGUGAUGGCCAUGAGCAUGUUCUCUCUAACUCAAUUGAGCUGUUCUGGGUUACAUGUGGUCAGUCCGGAGAGAAGGCAAAUCUUAUCGAGGAAGUAUCUUGGCUAGAUUAUAGUCACAGAGGCAUGGAGGAAGCUGAAGCUAACCCAAAAUUUUAAUGAAUUGAGGAUAUUUCAAAAACACAAAGGACAAUGACAACACUUGUUACGUGGGCCAGCCUUUUUAGGAUACACAAUCCACAUGUGCUCUGUAAAAGUUCCUGGGACCCAGUUCCUGACAUGGUGUCUAAAGGGCAUCAAGAUAGGGUUUUUGAGAAGGAGGCAAGCAGAAGAGGCUGGCGACUGGAGAAAGAAAAAGAAGUUCUAAGGGUUUUGAAAGGAGGUCGAAAAGGGAAGAAGAAUAGCUAAAAAUCUGGAGAGCAAGCCUUGGUGGAAAGAAUAGGGGGUUUUCCAAGUCCUUUUGUGUUGUGUUUUUUUAACAUUACUUUUACUUCUUUUAUUUUUUGUUGUAAUCAAGACAUGGAAGUGUAGAAUUUUCUUUUAGGUUUGGGAUUAGCCCAAAGUAGUGAUGGUUGAUGUGCUUGUUUCUUGUAUGGAUCUUUUAUAAAUUAAUGGUGGAUUAAUUUGAGUUGGCUUUGGAUU